UUCACCUUUCUCUCUCUCUCUCUCGAUCUGCAAUUUGUUGUCUCUCUCUCUCUCUCUCUCUCUCUCUAAACGCUUAGAGCUUGUUAGAAAUGGAGGAAACAAAACCAGCAAAGAGGAAACCCGUUUUCAAGAAGGUUGAUCAGCUGAAACCAGACACCAAGGGACACACCCUGGUUGUAAAGGUUGUUAGUUCGAAGAUGGUAUUGCAGAAGGCCCGACCUGAAGGGAUCCAAGUUCGUCAGAUGAGGAUUGCUGAAUGCUUGGUUGGUGAUGAAACCGGAACCAUCAUUUUUACUGCCAGAAAUGACCAAGUUGAUUUGAUGACGACUGGCGCUACAGUGAUUCUGCGUAAUGCAAAAAUAGACAUGUUCAAGGGUUCUAUGAGACUUGCUGUGGACAAGUGGGGUCGAGUUGAAGUAACCGAACCAGCUAGCUUCGCUGUUAAGGAAGAGAACAACUUGUCGCUGGUAGAAUAUGAACUGAUUGAUGUUAAUGAACUGGCUAAUGCUGGUGCUCGUGAAGUGGUUAGUGUUGUCGAAAAAUGACCUUCCCUAGUGCAUACACAUCCCUGCAAUUCUUGGAUCAUAUUUCAAUCAGUAAAGAUAUGGAUUUUUGGUUAAUGUGGUGGCACAUUGAUAUGUAGUUUUUCUUGGUCCGUGCAAUUGAUGCCUAAGAAGAUUUUUUGUUUAGCAGACAUCUUGAAGCUGUUUCUAUCGGAGUCUACUCGUACAAGGGGAGGCUGCUGGUUUUACCAUCUUAACUCUGGCCUGCUGCACAGCUGGUAACUCCAGUCAAAUAGUGUAAAAGGAACUUGCUUGGUUUUUUAAAUUUGUGUUACCCUAUGAACUGUUACUGUUAUGA